AAAAAAAAAAAAUCUGAAAUUCAUGAGCAGUUCACAAGUUCACACUUAAUUACAUAAGCCCAAAAAGCAUUCACAUCAAAAAGGAAGAAAACUCCAUUCUCUCUCUCUCUCUCUUUCUCUCUUUUUCUUCUCUUCCAUUCCAUCAUCCCUUUCUCUCUCACUUUUUGUCUCAACAAGCAAGUGAGAAAGAACACACAGUACACAGUCACUAGGUGGGAAAAGGAAAGAAAAACCCAGAAAGCUUUUGCUUGCUUGAUGUGAUGAGUUUGGUUUUGAGAUGACUGAUAAUCUGUAUUCUCAUUUCAUUUCUCUUUGUUGGGAUUGUGUUUUUCUUUUUUUUGAAAUGAAACAGAAAGAUUAAUUAGUCCUUUUUUUUGGUUGUGGGUUUUUUUUUUUUAUUUUUUUUAUGGAGAAGAAUUUUGUUGGGGGAAAAGGAGAAGAGAAUUCAACAACUAAUAAUAAUAAAUCUUCAAUGGCCCAAUCUUCCAUUUUUCCCGAUCAGAUUCCGACCACCUUCUUUAAUUCUUCUUCUUCUUCUUCGGCUUCUAUUAAUUCUUUAUUACUACCUAAUGACCACCUCUUUGACAUCCCAUCAUCAACAACUUCUUCAUCGUCAUCGUUUCAUCAAAUCCCCCAUCUUCAUCAUCAUUCCGCCACCGCCGACGGCGGCGAUGGUGGCGGAGGAGGGACGGGGCUUGGCGGCGUAGGCUCGAUGGGCUUUCUUGAUAUGCUAUCCAUCCAAGACUACACUAAUUACUCCUCCAUUUUCGACAUGUUUCAGACAGCACCGCCGCCCCCGCCGCCGCCGCAGCAGCAGCAGCAACAGCUUCACCACCACCAACAACAGCACCGUUUUCAGUCGCUUCCGCCACUACCUCCGCCACCGCCACCGCCAGUACUCCCAAUAAUGACUAACAGUACUAACAGUGGUCCGGCGGAGUCAUCUGAUCAGGCGGUGACAACUCCGGCGACCCCUCAUUCGUCGUCGAUUUCCUCCACCUCCAGUGAAGCCCAAAAUGAUGAUCAACAACAGCAGAACAGAGGAGACGGUGAAGAAGGGGAGGAUCAAGAUAAGACUAAGAAACAAUUAAAACCCAAAAAGAAGAACCAGAAAAGGCCAAGGCAGCCGAGAUUUGCGUUCAUGACGAAGAGUGAAGUUGAUCACUUGGAUGAUGGCUUUAGAUGGAGAAAAUACGGCCAAAAAGCUGUUAAAAACAGCCCUUUUCCCAGGAGCUAUUACCGUUGCACUAGUCCGUCCUGUGGGGUGAAAAAGAGGGUGGAGAGGUCUUCCGAUGAUCCGUCGACGGUGGUGACAACUUAUGAAGGCACACACAUUCAUCCUCUGCCUGUUACAACCCGCGGAAACCUCGGUUUAAUCUUGCCGGAAACCGCCAACAACAACACCGGUGGCGGUGGUGCUACUGCUUCUUUCCUUGGAGGUGGCGGUGGUGAAGGAGGAGGAGGGCCGUCGGCGUUCUUCCUUCCACCACCUAUCUCUUAUACUCAACAAAUGCAGCAACAGCAACAGCAGCAACAGGGUUUUUUCCAAGAUCCAACGUUGUCGAUGACAAUGCCGAUGCCGCCGCCGCUGAGCUAUAACUUCGGCCAUACUACUGAUCUUCAGCAGCAUUUGAUGAUGCCUUCAGCUUCUUCAUCUUCUGGUGUUUCAACCUCUGUGGGUAUGGUUUCCGGUGUUUCUUCUUCUUCUCAAUACAUGAUGAUGGAUAAUGGACUUCUUGAAGAUAUUCUGCCAUCCCAGAUGUUUCUCAAGGAGCCUAAGAAAGAGUAGAUGAUCAAGGGGAAUGCUAAUUACAAGUGACCUAUUUUAAUUGAAGAGGGUAUGGUUUUUGGUUAAUGAUGAUGAAUAUCAUAGCUUAUAUUACAAAAGAAAAAAAAAACUGACUAGCUAUAAUGUUCUUUAGUUUUUUUGUUUUUUGGAGGGUUUUGAUCUUUAAAUUUGAACCCUUGUUAAUCGUUUUUCUAGUUCAGUUAUAGGAGUAUUUUGAUCCAUCUAGAGUACUAUGAUCUCUGAUUUUCACCAAUGUAAAAUGAACGAGACUUUAGAUUCAAGCUUUAAAUGUAGUUCUAGUUUAUUAGCAAUAGCUAGUUCUUCUUCUUCUUCCUUUCUCCCAUUAGGUUUAUCAGCUAGUCAAACGUUAUGUACUUAACUGCUUGGAGCUAGUUUCUCUUAUCCAAUGGGAGAUUUUUCUUUUAGAUCUUUUUGUAUAUUCCUUGGCAUGUUAGUGUUAUUGUCUCAUUUCUUAUUUCUUC